GCGUCACGCAGUUGUCCAGUGCGUCUCCUCCUCAGCAAGUCCGCACCAACUCCAGGAAGGAGCCGGGUCGCGAGGAAUAUCUCUUUUUUUCCCCCCGUUUUGUCUAAGGAAUAAAAUCAUCUUCAGCAGCAGCAGCAGCGGGACGAGGAGGAGGAGGAGGAGCAGGAGUGGGCUACACAACACCACUAGUGAGCGUUCAUCCAGGGAAGAGGGGUCACCCCCAAAAAAACCUGAGCCAUGAGUCGCAGCAUCGUGCGGCAGAGCAAGUUUCGCCACGUCUUUGGCCAGACGGUCAAGACCGAGCAGGGCUAUGACGACAUCCGCGUUUCCAAGGUGACGUGGGACAGCUCCUUCUGCGCCGUCAACCCAAAGUUCCUGGCGGUCAUCGUCGAAUCCAGCGGCGGAGGAGCGUUCCUGGUCCAUCCCCUCUUCAAGACAGGGCGUGUGGAUAAGAACUACCCACUGGUGAUCGGCCACUCUGGACCUGUCCUCGACAUCGACUGGUGCCCACAUGACGACAACAUCCUGGCGAGCUGCUCGGAGGAUUGUACGGCGAUGGUGUGGCAGAUCCCAGAUCACGCACUGACGCGUCCUCUCUCCGACCCGGUCGUGGUCCUGGAGGGACACUCCAAGCGCGUCGGCAUCGUCACCUGGCACCCGACCGCACGCAACAUACUUCUCACUGCGGGCAGUGAUAACCUGGUAAUCAUCUGGAACGUGGGGACCGGCGAGCCCCUCGUCUCCAUGGACGACCACCCGGACCUCAUCUACAGCAUCAGCUGGAACCGAAACGGCAGCUUGUUCUGCACCACCUGUAAGGACCGACGGCUGCGCGUCUGCGACCCCCGCAAGAGGGAGGUGGUCGCGGAACGUCUGGCUCCACAUGAGGGGAUCCGGCCAAUGAGAGCCAUCUUCACCAGAGACGGAAACAUCUUCACCACGGGAUUCACCAGGAUGAGCCAGAGAGAGCUCGGACUCUGGGACCCGACAAACUUCGAGGAGCCUAUUGCACUGUUGGAGUUGGACACAAGUAACGGAGUGUUGUUACCAUAUUAUGAUGCCGAUGCGAACAUGGUCUACCUCUGUGGAAAGGGGGACAGCAGCGUCCGCUACUUUGAGAUCACAGAGGAGCCGCCGUACGUCCACUACCUCAACACCUUCAGCACCAAGGAGCCCCAGAGAGGGAUGGGCUUCAUGCCCAAGAGAGGUGUGGACGUCACCAAGUGUGAGAUCGCCAGGUUAUACAAGCUCCUUGACAAGAAGUGUGAGCCCAUCACAAUGACGGUGCCCAGAAAAUCGGACCUCUUCCAGGACGACCUGUACCCGGACACAGCAGGGCCUGAGCCCGCCAUGGAGGCCGAAGAGUGGCUGGACGGCCGCGACGAGGAUCCAAUCCUGGUGUCCAUGAGGGAGGGCUACGUGCCUCCCAAGAGCCGAGAGCUCAAAGUGGCAAAGAAGAAUGUGUUGGACUCCAGACCCACCACCCGACGCAGCUUGUCCACUUUGGACACCAACAGCCUGCCGCCUCAGUUGCUCGAGAGGUUGUUGGAGGAGUUUCAGAAUCUGAAGGCCACAGUUUUGUCUCAGGAGAAGAGAAUCUGUGACUUGGAGAAUAAGCUGUCCCAGUACGCCAAUGGCACUGACUGAAGUGCACGUAAACACACCUGAAGAACUGGUCUGAAUUCCUGAGAAAAGCGUUUUCCCCUUUGCAUUGACAAGGAACCGGUCUCCUCCACACUCUUAACAGUGUUGUCCCUUUAAAGGUGCCAUUGUGUCCGGGCAGGAAUGUGGACAAUCCAAAUGCAAAUUGACGGUUCAACACAUCUGAACAAAAUACACCCAUAUCUAAUAUUUGUUUUGUGGUUGAUUCCCCCUAAUCCGCAUUCCAGUUUUCACAUGAUGUACCUUUAAUGCUUUGGCAAAAAAUAUAUAUAUUUUAACAUAUUUACACCAUUCAAAGUGAUUUGACAAGCGCGAGGAGAUUGCAGAGGUGGACUAAGGGGCUGUAGGUUAGAGGGACAUGUGCAAGUUGUGAUAAAGUUGUAAAGUAAAUCAACACAUAUCACUUAGAGAGUCAAAAAACGAUGGCUAUGUCAAAGUAGCAAAGAUGGGAGGCUUUCUUUUGUUUUUUUUGGCAUCUUAAAACUCCCCAAACUACCUACAAACACACGCACCACCACCAAACACACACACAUCACAAUAUACGUAUCUCAACGUGCAUCAGAUGAUCAAUGACUAGUUUGUUUGAAUAAGCCCCUCUGAAAACUUUUCAAAAUGUAAAUAGUGAUAAAGGAAACCAGAGAAAAUGGAAGAUUGCUGAACUUGUAGCAAAAUGUGAAAAGCAACGUUUUGUUUUUCUGUGACGGAUCAAACAUUAGACACAUUAUGACAAGAAUAAAAAAAAUUGUUUUGG